UUGAUCGCAGCUUCCCUGCAGUGACGUAGGCAGUGGUGGUGCUUCCUUGUUUGUUUUCUGAGCUAAAGCGAAACAAGACGCCCCGUUUCAGAAUGCAUAUGUCCAGGGUUGGGAUUUACAUAAAGAGGAGAAAGAGGGGCUGCUCUCAAGACUGAACAUUUUUUGUCUUCCUCCAUCUGGCUGUUUCUCACUCUGCCUCUUCUGAUUGGUGCUCAUCCCCACGCCCCCUCGCCAACAUGCUGUGUUGGGGGAAUGCAAAGGAUGGACAGCUGGGUAUUGCUAUGGAGAGGAACCCCAUGUUUGAGCCAAUGAACUGUCAUGUGUUCAGUGGCAGGGGCCUGAAAGAGAUAGCCUGUGGAGGGCAACACUCAAUGUUCCUGCUGCAUGAUGGUAGUGUGUACACAUGUGGUUCUAACAGCUGUGGACAACUGGGCCACAACAAACCAGGGACUUCCCCAGAGCUUGUAGGAGCUCUGGAUACUCAGACGAUAACAAUGUUGUCGAGUGGUCGGGCCCAUUCGAUGGCGGUGAAUGAACAGGGUCAAGUGUUUGCGUGGGGAGCCGGUGAAGGGGGCCAGCUUGGUCUGGGGACUGCAGAGGAGGCUGUUCGAAUCCCAAGGUUGGUUAGAAGGCUGUGUGACCACCGGAUCUCUCAAGUAAUGUGUGGGAAUCAGCACUGCGUUGCACUUUCUAGAGAUGGUCAGCUGUUCACAUGGGGCCAGAACAACAGUGGUCAGCUUGGUCUGGGGAAAGGAGAGCCCAGCAGGCUGCUGCCUUAUCCCCUGAAGUCUCUGGCUGGUAUUCCCUUUGCACAGAUAACCACCGGGGGAGACCACAGCUUUGCUCUCUCUUUGUCCGGAGCUGUAUUUGGUUGGGGCAAGAACAGAGCUGGACAACUGGGUCUCAAUGAUAAACAAGACCGUGCUGUUCCGUGCCACAUCAAAUUUUUGAGAUCUCAAAAAGUUGUUCAUAUCAGUUGUGGAGAAGAACAUACAGCAGCCCUCACAAAGGAUGGCGGCUUGUUUACAUUUGGUGAAGGCUCGUGGGGUCAGCUGGGUCAUGGCUCCACCAAUAAUGAACUUUUACCCAGACGAGUGGUGGAGCUCAUGGGCUCUGAGGUGUCCCAGAUCACCUGUGGCAGCUACCAUACGUUGGCCUUUGUGCCUUCCUCUGGUGCGGUGUAUGCAUUUGGCUGUAACAGCCAUGGCCAGCUUGGCACAGGAAUGCGGGGGGAUGCUAAGAGCCCAUUACCUGUCAAGGCCAGUUUCCUGACUGGAAAUGUUCAUACUACAGUGACCAGAAUCAUCAGUGGAGGAGACCAUAGCUUCUUAUUGUACUCUAAUGAUCAGAGUUACGUCCCCCCAGAAGACUUCAGAGUGAUUAAUGUCAGUAAAUCAAUCUCCCAAAUCAAUUAUGAAAGAUUAAACUCAUGGCGGUUAAAGCUGAUGUACAGCACAGAUUCCAAUGUCAAAAAAGACAUCAUAAUUCAACUCUCCUCUACGGCUUGUUGGAACGGCAGCUUUUUGGAUCAAAGUGAUGAUACCCACUUCAAAACCAACCCAAAGAUCCCCGGCAUCGAUCUCAACUCUGUCAGAAAGCUAUUUGAGACGCUAAGCAAACCCGCUUUCUCUGGACUUCUGGAGCAGGCCACUAAGAGUUUUGAGAGUAUGAUGAUCCCUCAGCUGCCGCGCUCCCCUCCUGAUGUCGAGGCCAUGAGGAUUUACCUCAUCUUGUCUGAGUAUCCAGCCCUGAUGGACUCCAAAAACUACAUCCGCCUCACUAUCCCCCUGGCAAUGGCCAUUAUCCGCCUAGACGCCAACCCCGGCAAAGUAUUAGAUAACUGGUGGUGUUUAUUGGAGAACAGCGUGUUCACCAGAAUGGUCGACAUGUACAAGAGCAUCGUUGUGUUCAUGCUGACAGGAGGCAAGGCGCUGCUCGUACCAGUGUUCUACGACAACUAUUUAGAUGCCACGCUGAGGCUGCUGGAGAAACUCCACCAGGUAAAUUUAAGGGCCAACCAUGUGGAGUACAACCAUUUUUAUAUCCCUGACAUAACCAGCCUGGUGGACAUCCAGGAAGACUACCUCAAAUGGUUUCUGAGUAAAGCUGACAUUAAAGCGGGAUCAGUCCCCCGUUCACAGAGUGACGUUCCCGCAGUGAACCUAUGUGCCUACCCGUUCAUACUGAACGCUCAAGCCAAGACAACUAUGCUGCAAACAGAUGCUGAACUGCAAAUGCAGAUGGCAGUAAGCGGUGCAAACUUACACAACGUCUUUAUGCUGCUCACACUGGAACCCCACCUUGCUAGGAACCCUUACUUGGUGCUCCAUGUUCGCAGGGACCAUUUAGUAAGUGACACACUACGUGAGCUCACCAUGUACUCAGAUGUGGACCUCAAGAAACCGCUCAAGGUGAUCUUUGAUGGAGAGGAGGCCGUGGAUGCAGGUGGAGUAACUAAAGAGUUUUUCCUGCUGCUGUUAAAGGAGCUGAUGGAUCCUGUAUAUGGGAUGUUCAGUUAUUACAAAGAGUCCAACCUGCUGUGGUUCUCAGACAAAUGUUUUGUUGAGCAGAACUGGUUUCACCUGAUCGGGAUCAUCUGUGGUCUGGCCAUCUACAACUCCACAGUGGUGGACCUCCACUUUCCACUCGUUCUCUACAAGAAGCUGCUCGAUGUGCCAUCAACGCUGGACGACUUCAAGGAGCUCUCCCCCACCGAGGCCAGGAGUCUACAACAACUUCUGGAUUAUGAAGGAGGUGAUGUGGAGGAGACGUUUCUUCUCAACUUUGCUAUCACCAGAGAGAACUACGGGUUGACAGAAGUCAAGGAGCUCAUUCCUGGAGGAGAGAGCAUCAGUGUGGACAAAAACAACAGGAAGGAGUUUGUGGAAGCCUACCUGCGCUACGUGUUCUUAGACUCGGUGAGCGAGCAGUACUCAGCCUUCUCCUCUGGCUUCCUGAAGGUGUGCGGGGGGGAUAUCCUGUCGCUGUUCCAGCCCUCUGAGCUGAUGGCCAUGGUGGUUGGCAACAACAACUACAACUGGGAGGAGAUGGAAAAGAAUGCUGUUUACAAAGGGGAAUACACAGCCACUCAUCCAACAGUCAGAUUGUUCUGGGAGGUUUUCCACGAGUUCCCUCUGGAGAAGAAAAAGCAGUUCUUAUUGUUCCUGACCGGCAGCGACCGUAUCCCCAUCCACGGCAUGGAGAGCCUGCGUAUCGUCAUCCAGUCCACCACAGCGGAGGAGCAUUACCUGCCGGUGGCCCACACCUGCUACAACCUCCUAGACAUGCCCCGCUACCAGACCAAAGAGAUCCUGUGUCGCCGUCUCACUCGAGCUGUGGAGCAGUACGAGGGCUUCAGUCUGGUCUAAGGAGGUUUUGAUGCACUUUUAACAGCCAUACGACCCCCAUGUCAAAAGAGUGUAAUGGGGGACUUUGGGACACAGGAAGGUCACUCUCUUUAUAUGCUCUAGCAAGAUUGCUAAACAUCUUGAAUCUGAAAGGUCUAUCUAUGUAAAAUGUAGAGUAUUAUUGUUUUUAUUUCUUUGGGCAAAGUUUCUCAACCUUUUUGGACAAUUUGGGAGCUACUUCAAAUGCUGGGGUAUGGAUAUAUAGUUGAAGUAUAUCACAGUUCUGAAAUAAAAAUGGUCUUACUUACAUUGUCCUGGGAAUCCCAACCUUUUGUAACCAAAAAUCAAAAGUCGGUUGAGAAACUCUGUCUUUAGGUGUUUUAUUUUUGUGUUCUUUUUUUUUUGUUGCACAGCUGUGUUUUAUAUUCAACUCCUUAAAUUCUAUUUUUUACCUUUAAAGAGUUAUGUUAUUACCUAGAGACAAUAAAUCAACGUUUUGUUACUUGA